AAACGGGCUUCACCGGCGCUCGUGCACGCAGUGUGCAAAGCGUCGUCCGCCGGAGUCCUUCGCCGUCAUUGACGAGAGACUUUGACGUAAGCGCUGGCCGGUCUGGAUCUUGCCGGGACGGCGUCGCGCACAACGGGCAGCGCGGCCUGCACAGUCGGCCAGACCAGAGCCAGUCCGUCCACUCAGCGCGUUCGGUCGGUCGCCUUCCAAGAAACACAGAUUGGCACGCACGAGGAAGCGGCCCCCCGGCAGCCAUGACGACCGGGCUCCUGGAGAAGAAGGGCUCGGCGCCCGGCCAACAACAACAACAGGCGACGGGCCAACCACCAGCAAAUCCCUACCAGGACACCUUCCGCAGUUGGGUGGUGGGCGUUGCAUGUGCCUGGAACUUCUUCUGGCUCACGCUGGUGAACCGCUCUAGUGGCAUCCUGUUCGUGGCCAUCCUGGACGUGUUCAACGUGAGCCGCCAGGAGGCCGCCUGGUCUUUCAGCCUCAUGGACACGCUGGCCAGCUUCACUAUCAUCGUGUGCAGCGUGGUGUACAAGGUGGUGGACACGCGAGAGCUGUCUAUCAUCGGAUCGCUCACAGUGUCCGGAGCCUGCAUGCUCUGCUUCCUGGCCUUUCGGGUCCAGGUAAUUACAGUCGUUCUGGGAACCAUCAUAGGCAUUGGGCAGGGCAUGAUGUACUUCUGCAACACGAUCGUGAUCAACCAGUACUUCAAGCGGCACCGGGCGUCGGGCAACGGCAUCUACUUCGCCGGCGGCACGCUCAGCUCGUUCUUCUUCCCGCCCAUGCUGUUCAGCAUUAUCAACACGUACGGCCUGCGCACCACGCUCCUCUUUCUGGGCGCCAUCUCACUGAACGCCAUCCCGGGCUCGAUGCUGCUCGAGUCGCCGUUCAACCGCAUGCGCCGCAUCGACCGCCACAAGAAGUUGCGGCUCGUCGCCGUCGACAACGAGUGCACGCCCGAGAAGAUGAAGCUGCCCGUGGAACGCACCACGGGCCACAGCAACGUCGAGGAGAAGCUCGAGCGCUGGUUCCGCAGUCAGCUGGCCGUGUUCUCCUUCUUGCGGCGGCCCAUCUUCUACGUCAUCGUGUUCACGGGCAUCACGUUCUCCUUCUCGUUCGUCGUGUUUCCGGUGACUAUUGUAGACUUCGCCAUCAGCCGCGGCGUGGCCAGGAACCGUGCCGCACUGCUGCUCACCAGCUUCUCAACGGGCGACUUGGUGGGCCGCUUGUUCAGCGGCGUGCUCACCGACCGCAAGCUGCUGCGCAAGGACCACAUGAUGGUGCUCACAUACGCCGUGUGGAGCGCCGCCUUCUUCGCGCUGCCCGUGUGCGACACCUACGAGCUCACCUUCGCCGUCACCGUGGCGCUGGGCAUGGCCGUCGGCAGCGGAGGCAUCUUCAACACGGUGCUGCUGGCCGACUACCUGGGCGUGCGGGUCAUGCCAACCACGUUCGCCAUGUACCGCAUGGUGCUGGGCAUCAUUUCUCUUAUCCGGCCUUUCUUCAUCGGUUACUUCCGGGACCGGAUAGGCACCUACGAUGGCCUCUAUUUCCUGCUGGGAGCCUACAGCUUUCUCAUCACCCUCAUUUGGAUCGUCAUUUCCAUAGUGCAGUACAGCAGAGGAACCAAGAAGUACAACCUCAAGUGAAGCUGGCCAACCUGCAUCGUCGUUCUGAACUGUCUUCAUAGUCAUCUCACUGC